CACACGCCCCCUGACGGCCCCUCUGCCAGGCCCUCUCCCCCUUCCCAUGGGGCAGGGAGGCUCCUCUGCGCCCCACCUCUGGGUGCCCACCUCUCCCGCUUAGCCCUCGCACCCGCUCUGCCUGCCCUUCUUUCCCCUCGUCUCUUCUCAGCUCUGCUCAGGCCACCGAAGGCUAAGCCCACCUCCAUGGCCAGCCCCGGGAAGACCGGGGCUGGGGAGGCCCAGGAGGCGGAGGGGUGGGAGCAGGGGCGCACCCCGGGGCCCCCAGCCACGAUGCUGGAGCAGGCCCAGGAGCUGUUCCUGUUGUGCGACAAGGAGGCCAAGGGCUUCAUCACCCGGCACGACCUGCAGGGCCUGCAGAGCGACCUGCCCCUCACUCCCGAACAGCUGGAGGAUGUGUUUGAAAGCCUGGACCAGGCGCACACCGGCUUCCUCACCGCUCGGGAGUUCUGCCUCGGCCUGGGCAAGUUCGUGGGGGUGGAGCCCACCCCCUCCCAGGCUCCAGAGGAGACCUUCGAGUCAGGCUGGUCGGAUGUGAAAGGCACCGGGGGCUCCGCGGAGGAGGACGAGGAGCUGCUCUGCUCGACGCUGGAGCAGCUGGGGGUGGCCCGGGUCCUGGGCGAGCAGCGGGCAAUUCGGACGCUCUGGACCCGGCUGCAGCGUGAGCGGCCAGAACUGCUGGGCUCCUUUGAGGACGUUCUGAUGCGCGCCUCAGCCUGCCUGGAGGAGGCGGCCAGAGAGCGGGACGGCCUGGAGCAGGCUCUGCGGCGGCGGGAGAGCGAGCACCAGCGGGAAGUGCGUUGUCUGUAUGAGGAGAUGGAGCAGCAGCUUCGCGAGCAGCGCCAGUGCCUGCGGGAUCAGGGCCUCCCCCGGGAGGAGCGGAGAGGCCACCUGGAGCUGGAGCUGCAGAGUCGCGAGCAGGAGCUGGAGCGCGCGGGGCUGCUGCAGCGGGAGCUGGAACAGCAGCUGCAGGCCCGGACCUCCGAGCAGCUGGAGGCGCAGGCGCAGAAUGCGCAGCUGUGGCUGGCCAACGAGGCGCUGCGGACGCAACUGGAGGGCGCGCAGGAGCAGCUCCGCAGACUGGAGGGCGACGCGCAGGGCCGCCGCGAGCAAGCCCAACGAGACGUGGUCGCAGUUUCAAGGAACAUGCGGAAAGAGAAGCUCAGCCUCCUGCGGCAACUGGAGCUCCUCAGGGAGCUGAACACGCGGCUCCGAGACGAGAGGGACGUCUGUGAGGCCCAGCGGCUGGGCAGCGGCCGCAGAAAGGCGCUGAGCUCAGCCCCCCUGCUGGGCGUCCGCUGCUGCUGCUGCAGUAGCUGGGCCCGCCCCUGCCCAGUGCCCGCUGACCAGGCUGACUGACUCGCUGGGUCUCACCUGGCUACCUGGAGAAGCCGCCCCUUGAAGGCGACUCGGCGUGGCUGGGGGCCGCCCAUCCAGGCUGUGGGCUCUCCCCAGUGAGCUGCCCGGCCUGCCUGACUUGCAGACAUGAAGGAACUAACCUGGGGGGUCAGGGACUGAUGUCCCUCCCUGCGGUCCUCAGCCUAUCCCCAGCGCAUCGAAACUAGUGGAAAACCCCUUCCUCCGAAUAAAGUCCACUGACUUCGCUCUC